CUUUCCCCUUCCUUUUUUUUUUUCUCCCUUUUUCUCCCCUUCCCCCCUUUCACCAUUUCCCCUCGGAGGCGCUUCCCCCGGGCAGGGGCAGAGCCGGCCUCCCCCCCCGCCUCUCCCCGGCCCCCGCCGCCCUAUGGCGAGAGGGAGCCCCCUCCUCACCCGGGCACCAGCGGCGGCGGUUGGAGGAGCGGGACCGGCGGCGGCGGCCUCACGUCCAGGGUCACCAUGGAACUAACUCGCUGAGCGCCUGGCCGGCCGCAGGCGUGUGUCCCGCCCGAGUGCCUGCGCCCUCCGUGCCCCGCUCCCCCUCUUCUCCCUCCUCAUCGGCCGGCUCCGUGUCCCGCGCGCCCCGACGUCGCGCGCUGAGGAGAAUGAGGCGGUGACGGGGCCCCCGGAUGACCCCGCGUCACCCCUGUGAGGCCUACAGCUCUGCCGGGGUGGAGGAGGAGGAGGAGGAGGAGGAAGAGGAGAAGAAUGUUUCUCCAUCCCAGAGAGAUGAAGUAAUUCAGUGGCUGGCCAAACUCAAGUACCAGUUCGAUCUUUACCCAGAAACGUUUGCUCUGGCUAGCAGUCUUUUGGACAGGUUUUUAGCUACUGUAAAGGCCCACCCGAAAUAUUUGAGUUGUAUUGCCAUCAGUUGUUUUUUCCUAGCUGCUAAGACUGUUGAGGAAGAUGAGAGAAUUCCAGUACUGAAGGUAUUGGCAAGAGAUAGUUUCUGUGGAUGUUCCUCAUCUGAAAUUCUGAGAAUGGAGAGAAUUAUUCUGGAUAAGUUGAAUUGGGAUCUUCACACAGCCACACCAUUGGAUUUUCUUCACAUUUUUCAUGCCAUGGCAGUGUCAACUAGGCCACAGUUACUGUUCAGUUUGCCCAAAUUGAGCCCAUCUCAACAUCUGGCAGUCCUCACCAAGCAACUGCUUCACUGUAUGGCCUGCAGCCACCUUCUGCAGUUCAAAGGAUCCAUGCUUGCUCUGGCCAUAGUUAGUUUGGAAAUGGAGAAACUCAUUCCUGAUUGGCUUCCUCUUACACUUGAACUGCUUCAGAAAGCACAGAUGGAGAGCUCCCAGCUGAUCCACUGUCGGGAGCUUGUGGCACACCACCUUUCUACUCUGGAGUCUUCCCUGCCUCUAAAUUCCGUUUAUGUCUACCGUCCCCUCAAGCACACCCUGGUGACCUGUGACAAAGGAGUGUUCAGAUUACAUCCCUUCUCUGUCCCGGGCCCAGAUUCCUCCACGGACAACAGCAAGCCAGAAAUGCCAGUCAGAGGUACAGCAGCUUUCUACCAUCAUUUCCCAGCUGCCCUUGGGUGCAAGCAUACCUCUGCUAAACGCAAAGUAGAGGAAAUGGAAGUGGAUGACUUCUACGAUGGAAUCAAAUGGCUCUAUAAUGAAGAUAAUGCUUCAGAAAACGUGGGUUCUGUGUGUGGCACUGAUUUAUCAAGACAAGAGGGAUAUGAUUCCCCUUGUCCACCUUUGCAGCCUGUUUCUAUCAUGUAGUUUGAAUGGGUAUUACCUUCAAGUACAAACUAAGGUAGACCACUCUAGAAAUGAGAACACGGAAAAAUCAGGAAAGGCUAUAGAAAGAUAUAUACCUUAUCAGGCUGAUCUGAAGUGAGCCAGAAACAAAUCCCCCCAUUUCGUUAUGUGGCUAAUUGUAAUUCAGUACUUCACAUAAAGACAGCUAUAUUGAGAUAGAUACAUAUAUCUAUCUACUUCAGAAAUAUCCAAAAUUUUUUUAAAAAAGUAAAAAAUCCCCUUGUAGUCUGUC